GCAACUCUUUUAACGGCGUCAGUCUUUCCCGCGAAUAGCCCAACUCCCAAAGCGAGAAAACUCAGCCAUCAUGUUCAUCCUCCGAGUCCACUCAGUGGACGACGAGCGACCCAUCACCACCAACGAAGAAAUCGAGUUCUAUACAAUCACUUCCCCAUCAAACCCUAGCCCUAUAUUCAGCGAAAGGAGAGGCGUUGUUCACCUCUAUCGAAAGGCCUCCCAAAGCUCUCUCCCAAACCCUAGUUCUCGCUCCACUUCCCUCUUCGUUGUCGCCGUCCCCAACUACCUCUCCGUCGCCGAUUUCAUUCGAUUCUCUGGAACCCACCUCGAAAAUAUCACCCACCUUCUCUUCAGCAGGAAUGAUGGAAUUGAGGAUAGGUAUAGCGUGUUAAUAAAGCUAGUUGAUCAGUUGGCGGCAGAUGGAUUUCAUAGUAGCUUGAAUGGGAAGAGGUUUUCACCUGCUGAGGCUGAGUUAUGCCAUAUCCUCUUUACGCAUUCCGUGGAAUAUACAGAAUCGGGGGAGAUUGCUAGCACACCUCCGGUAGGAUUCACUGAGUUGCCUUCUUGCCCCAUUUGUCUUGAGAGAUUGGACCCGGAUACUAGUGGGAUACUUAGUACGUUUUGUGACCAUUCGUUUCAAUGUUCCUGCACUUCAAAAUGGACUUAUUUGUCAUGCACAGUAAGCUAGAUCUUGAUUCCCUACAACUUUUUGGCUC